GUUGUCCGUAAUUCGUAUGCUGUACGCCUGUUGCCUGUACAUUUCGGAUCGUCAUUUUCCUUUUCAUCGCGGUGUGCGUCAGUGGCGUCACUGGUCACUCCGCACUCGUCGUUCUCGACUUUUGUUUCGCGUCCCGUUCUGUGUAAACAACACAAACCACGCCAUCAUUUUGCAAUUCUUACGAGUCCUGUGUCGUCGGAUACCGAAUACCGAUUGUUUUUACCGUGCAGCCGUCGCGCGUCGCCGACGUAGUUCGUUAUUAGAUACAGUCAAAAUCAUUUAUUUUGGCGUCGCUCGUCGGCCAUCGCUCUUGUACUUUUUGUUUCGACUUUCGCGUACCGUUCUGUUUAAUCAACAAACGACGCGUGGACGCCAUCUUUUUGCAAUUUUUUUUUUUGUUAUUGUUUUUCAAUUUAAACUUAACAGUUUUAAAAUUUAUAUUUAUACGAAGUUGACAAGUGAAGGUAACGCGCGAGUAUGAGUACAAGUAUUGCGAGUUGCGACUAUAAUCCAUAUUAUUCUUUUAUUCAAAUAUUGAUGAGUGGCUGAGUUUUCGACAAGUGGAUACCUAAUUGUCACCGUCUCAAGAGUCAAGACAUAUUAUCCCUAUCAAGUUUUCAGUUGACACCGAGGGGCUGUUGAGGACCUACCAAUUUCAGUUAAAUAUGUUAUGUAGUGUUGUUCUUGCUUGUCAUGGAGUCAUUGUAUUCAGUAGUCCAUUUUAUAAAUGAAAAUACUGUAGAUUGUGUCCCCAGUAAUUGGAUUAAGGAUAAUACCUGUGCCUGGCCGUUUAACCAAAACCAUGCUAGAAGAAUGAUUGAACAAAAAUAUCAACCAAAUAAUAAAGAAUUUACUUAUUUUAAAAUAAGAAUCCUUAGUUCUGGUAUAAAAACUUUAGAAGAAGCAGAUUUUAAAGCUAAUAAAGCUCAAAAUACAACAGACCUAUCUGAUGAUGACAAUAAUAAAAAACGAAUUAAAAUAAAUAAAGUCUGUGGAAUGUCCUAUGUACAAUUCAGAUUCUGAUGGUAGUGGCAUUGGCACAAUGUGUAAGAAAAAUAAGAAUACUCAAAUAAAUCUGUUGAAAAAAAAAAUGGUUGGUCUCCUUCUCCAAAAAAAAUUGAAGGCACAUUAUCUUUCAAAAGGAAACUUACAUUUGGAUUUGAUAAUUUAAAAAAAAAAGCUAAUCCACUGAAAAAUAUUAGUCGUCAUAUAAGUUCUCUCAAAAGUCCAGAUGCUGAAAAAUCUACAUUGUUAAAAAGAAAUAAUUUUGAUGAAAAAAACCAUACACAGAGAUCAUCAUUUUCGCAUCUUAUGAUUAAUUCAGAUGACGAGGCUGAAGGGACAUCAUUUUUUACCAGAAACUUAAAUUUAAAACUGAUAAUUCUAAAGAAAGAAGAAAUCAUAUGGAAAAUAUUAGAUACAUUAGUCCUCGCAAUAGUCCUGAUUUUUCUAACAAUGAAGUUCCUUUUGAUCUGGAGAAAUCCACUGGAAGAAAAUCGUUUUCAUUAUGUGAAGAUCAUGAUGUGAUCAAUGAUAAAGAGUUCAAAAAACAAAUCAUAAGACAUGUUAUGUAUUUCAAAGUAGAGCUGAAACAUAUUACAAACACACUAACAAAUAAUCACUAUGAAUUGUUAGAGAGAGUACAAUCAAUUGAAAAGUUUCUGGAGGAUAAACCAACUAAAUUUUAUGAACAAACAAAUGUAGACAUAAACUGUAUGUCCGAUUGCUCUAUACCAAUAGAUAAUGUAGUGGAUUUAAACACUUUAGAGGACAAAACUUUGGGCGAUCAAGAAUUCAAAAAAGCUUUGAUAAAUGAAUUAUCACAUGUUGGAGGGAAAAAUGUAAAAACGGCCGUGAAGAGAAUCAUUUCAAAACUAUUUACAAAUUGUUUUCUUGCGGACUAUUCAUUUACUGGUAAAAAGGGAAAAAAGAAAUCUUGCGAUUUGUUUAUAUUUCCAAUUAUUUUAAAAUCCAUAAAAAACAAGUAAAAUUCAAAAGUGCAAGUGAUCAUGAAAUAGAAGAACCGUUAAAAAUAUAUUUGGCUCAAGCACCCUUCGCAGAUAAACGUUCUAAAACUAAAUAAAUUUUCUUUUUAUCAAUUGUAAUGUUUUUUUUAUUUAGUUUUGUAUAGGU